AUGAGACCGCCUAAGUCUUCUCUCCCCCUAUACUUAUGUCUUAUAGGCCUGGCAUGUAUCGCUGCGGGACAGCAUGGACAGCGGCCCCUCCAAGCAGGAGCCACGGCGCCCAACGUCCUGUUUAUUCUCACCGAUGACCAGGAUCUUCGGAUGGACUCGCUGUCAUAUAUGCCACUCCUGAAACAUCAUAUCGUGGACCAAGGGCUGUCUUUUAACCGCCAUUACUGCACAGUCGCUCUAUGCUGCCCGUCGAGAGUGUCUAUGUGGACAGGUAAAGCGGCGCGAGGCUACCCUAAGUUUGUCUCCGAAGGCUUCAACAACAACUACCUCCCGCUCUGGCUCCAAGAAGCCGGCUACGGCACCUAUUACGUCGGCAAGCUCUUCAAUGCCCAGUCUGUAACCAACUACGAUUCGCCGCACGCUGCUGGCUGGACGGGCAGUGAGUUUCUGCUGGACCCCUACACCUAUCGGUACUUCAAUGCAACUCUCCAACGCAACUUCGACAAGCCAGUCAGCUACGAGGGCCAGUAUGUCACAGAUGUCAUCUCGGAGAAGGCUCACGGCUUUCUCGACGACGCUCUGCAGGCCAGGGAGGAGACUGGGCAGCCUUUCUUCUUGACCGUUGCGCCUACUGCGCCGCAUAGCGAUGUCAAUAUCAAGCGAAACAACAUCGACGGCGACUUUGACGAGAACACGAACGUUCAGUCGCCACCUGUACCAGCUGAUCGGCAUAAGGAUCUCUUUCCAGAUGUCGUUGUACCUCGAACACCAAACUUUAAUCCAGACGAGCCUGCCGGUGCUUCGUGGAUAUCGCGCUUACCGAAGCAAAACCAGACGAAUGUCGACUUCAACGACCACUUCUAUCGAAACCGUCUACGCUCUCUGCAGGCAGUCGACGAGAUGGUCGACCACUUGGUGAAACGGCUUGAGGAGGCUGAUAUCCUGGACAAUACGUACAUCGUCUACAGCACUGACAACGGCUACACCAUCGGCCAGCACCGUCGACAGCCGGGAAAGCAGUGUGCGUUCGAGCAGGACAUCAAUGUUCCACUUAUAGUACGCGGACCGGGUGUACCAAAGGGUAUUUCGACGGAUGUGGUGACUAGCCAUACUGAUCUGGCGCCGACUUUCAUGGCUCUGACGGGCGCGCGGCCGCCGAUUGAUUUUAUCUUGGAUGGGCAGGCCAUACCGCUGGAUGGUGUCAGGGUUGAAGACCAAAGGCAGGAGCAUGUCAAUGUUGAGAUGUAUCAAACCCAUGUUUAA